GAGCUCAGACAUGCAUGUGUGGUCAGCUUGGAGGCAUAAUGAAGAAAGAGAGAUGCCUAGGCAGCAAGGACGUAUAUAGUGCUAUAGCUUCCUGCCAAGGCAAACAAAGGAAGGGAUCUCACAGAGUUCUCUCUAGAAAAUUUUGGAUGAAAGCUCUGUGAGUCUCAGCCCCAUCAUGUGUCUAUCUCACAAAACAUGAAUGGUUGCUUUGGGGUGCAAUACUGUACCAAAAUUUCACCCAAUGUAUUUUAGAAAUCUGUCAAUUUGUUUUUGUUAUUGCAGUAUAAACAUAAAUAUUUAAAUCAUCUCUCGUAAACCAACUUGUAAUUCACAAAAGUAUUUACACAAUAAUAUUGCAGAAUAAAGGAUACUCAAACCUACGUAUUUCCUAAAGAUACUUAUUUGGCAUUUCCCCCCGUGCCCAUAAGAAAUUUGUCAUUUUCUUGCCAUUCUUUUCGUGCCUUUUUUGUGUAUAUGUCAGGGAUAAUGUAAAUUUAGUGGUUAAUGUACACAACAACCAGACAUUCAAACACCUCUGCACUGCUGUUUGAACUUUGGAAAACCAGAGGUUCAAAGAGCAGCAUGGGGCUGUUUCAAAGCCCUUAGCAAACAGCCUUGCACUUCUGCUUUAAACAUCCAAAUUCCAGAGGUUUAAUGCAGCAACAUGAGGCUGCUUGCAAAGGGCUUUCAAACAGCCACACACUUUAAAGUCCUUCAACUCAGGGCUUCAAAGCACAGCAGCAUCCCCUGAUGUCACUAUAAUGCCAGGUGACUGAUGGGUGGGCAGCCCUACUCACCUGUCAAAUUUGAUAUCUCCCCAUUGGCAGGCCAAUGUGGUCUCCCAGCCAGAAAGUAUUUCCCACCAUUGCUAGACACCCUCUGUUGUUAUUUUCCCAUUCUGUUCCAUCAUGGAUACUUCAAACUCCGCCCACAUUCCAAAAAGUGAUUCUACUCACUGUUGCUAUGGUCAGAAUCAUCCUCCUUCUUUAUCCCACAUGCAGUCUCCUUCCAGUCUUGCUACAGGCCCACCUGCAGCUACAGAGGGCUUCCUUGCCCUGUAUAAGAAGCUGGAGUAGAGUAAUUUAGCAGAAAUUUUUGUCUCUUGGUGGAAAUGAUCAGCAAUUCUGCCAGCUUGUUAAUACUGAUACUAUGGAAUGCCCUGGUUGAGGCUGCAGGUCAGACACCACCGAAGGGUUAUAGGUACGCCUCUUAUGAAGUGACCACUCCUAGAAAACUGACCUAUGGUUAUGGACAACAAGAACCCAGUGAUGUCACCUACCUGCUGCAGAUUGAGGGGCAGGGUCAUGUGGUGCAGCUGAAGCAAAAGAGGGGUGUUGUCCCUAAACAACUCCCUGUCAUCACUUACAGUAAGGAGGGGGACCCCCAGAUGGACUAUCCUUUCAUCAGAGAUGACUGCUUCUACCAUGGCUUUGUACAAGGCAAGCCUUCCUCUUGGGUUACCCUCAGCACUUGUUCAGGGUGGCUCAGGGGUGUGCUGCACUUUGAAAAUAACACCUAUGAAAUUGAACCUGUUCAGGUAUCUUCUGCUUCUCAACACGUGGUGUAUAGGUUGGAAGAAAAGGAUGGGGCUAUCCGCAUGAGGUGUGGGUUAACAGAAGAAGAGCAAAGCCAUCAGCUGGCCAUGAUGCAAACCACAAGGAAUAUAUUGGCCCACAGUGCUGCUGGUGAAGGCUGGUGGGGACACACUAGGUAUGUGGAGGUUGCAAUUGUGGUAGAACAUGAACGAUAUGUCAAGUUUGGCAGAAAUGAAAGUCGUAUUGUUAUGCAAGUUCUGGAUGUCCUCCACACUGCCAAUGUACUAUAUGAGCCAUUUUCUGUUGAAUUGUCUAUAUCUGCACUGGAGAUAUGGUCAGAAAGGAACCUCAUUCAAGUUACUAACAGUAUAAAUGACACACUUAGGAGUUUCUCACGUUGGAGAACAGCCUCACUAGUUAAACAUAUAAAGAAUGAUGCUGCUCACUUAUUUGUAUAUAAGAGUUUUGGAAGUACACUUGGAUUAGCAUACAUAGGCACAGUUUGUAGUACCCUUUGGGCAUCUGGUGUUGAAUCCUAUAUGACUUCCAGUUUGUUCCAUAUUUCUAACACAUUUGCCCAUGAAUUAGGACAUAAUCUUGGCAUGCAACAUGAUGGAAGAUACUGUACUUGUGAUCGACAUGCCUGCAUUAUGGCUGCAGAUCAAGCUAACACUGAUAAAUUUAGUAAUUGCAGUUAUAAAGAUUAUUACAAAAUAAGGAACUCUCAUUGCUUGUUAAUUCCACCAGACCCUUAUAGAAUGCAGAAAACCACAUCUUGUGGCAACAAAGUAGUGGAAAAUGGAGAACAAUGUGACUGUGGUUCAAAACGUGAAUGUAAGUCAGAUCCAUGUUGCCGAUCUAAUUGUAUGCUGCGUUCUGCUGCUACUUGUGCUUUUGGACUUUGCUGUGCUAAGUGUCAGUAUCGUCCAGUUCAUUCUGUUUGCAGACAGAAGGUUGGCCGCUGUGAUCUUCCUGAAUACUGCAAUGGGACUUCAGAAUGGUGUCCUGAAGAUGUGUAUGUACAAGAUGGUGCCCCAUGCGGGGAUGGUGCAUACUGUUACCAUGGGAAUUGCACAACCCAUAACAGACAGUGCAGAAUGAUAUUUGGCAAGAAAGCAACAGCUGCUUCAGAGGUUUGCUUCAAAGAGAUGAAUGCCCGAGGUGAUCGCUUUGGCAACUGUGGCCUUAGACAUGGCACUUAUAAGAAAUGUAAUGCUACCAAUAGCUUGUGUGGUCGAAUUCAGUGUGAUAACAUUACUAAGUUACCUUCUUUGAAACAACACAGCACAAUAUUUCAAAUACCCAUUGGCAAUAGGAAAUGCUGGGGUACGGACUACCACAUUGGAAUGGAGAUACCUGAUAUUGGAGCAGUGAGAGAUGGGACUCCUUGUGGCAAGAGGAUGAUGUGUAUUAAUGGGGAGUGCAAGAGUGUGUCCCUCUUGAAAUAUGAUUGUAAUGUGACAAAAUGCCAUAAUCGGGGAAGAUGCAACACUUACAAACAUUGUCAUUGUGAUUAUGGCUGGGCUCCUCCAGAUUGUCUCAAUGAAGGCUAUGGUGGCAGUAUUGACAGUGGCCCCCCUCCACCACGCAGGAUUGGCUACAAAGUAGGAAUUUUUAUAGGAAUUGUAUCUAUCCUUUUCCUUCUGUUGGUGUUGGUUUAAGGGAAAUGGACUGAGAAACUAAUUUAAAAGACUGAGUUCAAGAUUCCUUCAAACUGAAUCUAAACAGGAGUAAAACCCACAAUAAAUCAUGGAAGUCAACAAUGCACAUUGUACAAAAAAUAUACAAAGAAAAUAAUAGGCAAUACUGUAUUUUACAAAAAUGUAACUUUGAGUCUGAAAGCUUUUGAGUAUUAUUAUUUCACUACCUUUUGUGGAGUUACUCUCCUUAGCAAAUCAGUUUAUGAAAAUCUUGGUCUCAUCAACAGGUAAGAAACCUGCUUUUUAUCAAGGCUAUCUAUCCUCUAAUCCUCUGAAAUGUUGUUCCACUAAAUACCGAGGGAAACAUCUGUUUUCUGGAAUGGAUAACUGCACACUGAGCAAAAGCCACAUUUCCCAAUAUCAUUAUUUCCCCGCAGAAACCUUCAUAAGCACUGCUGCUAUGCGAAUGCCUCUUCCCAAUACACGUUGUGCAUCAUAACACACAUAAGAUGAUGCUAUAGCAUCCCCCGAUCUAUCAACGCUGGAGCCAGCAAUGACCCAACUACUGUAAGUCUUACAGGCAGGUAUUUUAGUCGCUCACACAGCCCUCUGGGACAAUGGAAUAAGGGAUCAAGAUGUGGUUCUGACAGGAGGUGCUAAACCUUCAGCCACACACAUUGAAGGGAAAGAUGAGCAGUGAAAGGGAGGAGACAGACCAUGCAAUAAAGGCAGCCACAAACACAAACUGACAGCAUUCCUGCUCCAGUGGCUCACUCCAUAUGGCAGUGAUGGGGAAUGAGACACCCUCCAGAUAGUGUUGGAUGAUCAACCCCCUGUUAAAGAUUUUGGGAUUUGUAGUCCAGCAACAACUGGAGGUUCCCCAUUCUUGCCAUAGAGCAUGGGGUUGGGAAGCAGAAUAUGGAAUUUUGAGCUGCACCAGGAAGAAAAUGACCUCAUCUUUUUCAUUGCAAAAAAAGAAGAGAAAAGAUUGAGUCAGGAGGAAAAGAGAGUUCCAAGAUCUCAAACGCAGACUGCAAAUACAACAGGGAAUUCCAUAAGUACUUAACGAUCUGACACAUCAUCGACCAUUUGCCUCUCUCACUCCUGCGCCCCAAUCAUAGAUGCCAGGAAACUCAGGGGCUGGAGGAAGAGGAGGCCUUAUUUGUAGAACUGCUUGUGUUGGGAACAGGUGAUGAUAAUCAGUGGGUCAGAUGUUGAGCUCCCCCAUGUGGGCCAUUUUGACAGGUGGGUAGCAAAGGGUGGAGGCUCGCCCUGAAUUCAGGUACACUUAAGCAAACCAGGAGAAGUACUGCAUGAACCAAUAGUCAUGCAUGUACCAAAGAGUCCUGUUGACCCACCUUCUCUCAGCAACCCAUAUGACCAACCUUCCCCUGCUAUUUUGUCCAACAGGCAACCCUCAUGGCUGGCAUCCUAACAGGCUUAAUUUACCCACCCACCCCCAUUUCUCCCCCCCUCACAUCUCCCUGCUACUCCCUCCUGAACCUUGAGGGUUGCUCCUGUAAGGCUAGCAAUGGCAAUAUUUAUAGAGUGGAGUGCCUGGCUUCAACCAACACAAAGCUUACCUGCCUAUGGGGAUGAGAGUGUCUCCUCUGUGUGGAUGCUGUUGCUUCCCACUGUCGAGGAGGAAUAAUGUUGGAGCACUGCAGUAUAGGCAAGGCAUAUGGCAAAGGUGGCGGUAUGAGAAACUUCACAAUGUAUAAUUGUUAUACACUCCAGGCAGUUUGCAAAGAUCUGUUUAGUGAAUUUUUUAAGGGUGUUUUUUUGAUUGUGAGAUAUUACUUGGAUCACACACUGCUGUGGCUAUUUCUGGGCAAUGGUAUCUCCUCCUCACUGUCUUUUAUUGUUUAUCCUGUUUGAUCUGGUGACUGCACAUUUAAAAAAAAUUCUGUGAUUUUAUCUGUAGUGUUUGUUGUUCAGAGACAUGUUUAUAUAAAUAAUAGACAAAUAAACAUUUGAAAGCACUAAACUGAUAAAUCCAGUUGUCAAAUAUUAGCUAUAGCAACCUAAAUUUGUUAUUACUUCAAUAGUUAUUACUUCCACUACUGUGCCUUGCAACCCACAUCUUCCUGAUAGAGCCUAUGCCUGUGUGUACAGAGAAACAGAUGCUGCCAAAUGGUUAAGUCUGGUACCGCACUCUUAUUGUAAGAAACCCAAGAUGCAUCCCUGUGAAGGAGGCUGAUUUGCAUGUUUGGUGGAGCUGUAACAUAUGCUUAACUUUAACUGUUGAUAUAUGUUCAGCAACAAAUGAGUGCUUGGGACACUUUUGCCUCCUCUCCAGUAACCCUCAAUAAGUUUUAAAAGAGUUCAUUUCACCCUAAGCACAAGUGCCCCUGGCAGUGCAAGGGUUAAAUUCUGCUGAAGAUUAAAAUGGUCUUCCUUUGUGAAAUGAAGAUUUGUUGCUUGCUGUUAGAUGUACUAUUGAUGUGCCGAGAGCUUGGAGAUCUGCUAACUCCUGCAGUAAAGACCUGUGCUGUAAGUACUAUCAGCCAAGAUCACUAUAAGUGGGCACUUUCUUCCUGGCUGAAAUCUCUACCAAGAAGGAACGUGUUUGAGUCACAUCGACAUCUGGGAUCUCACCUGCAUUUACAAUUGACUGAUGGUGCAAAGACCAGAAGUUGCUACAGGAAUGAUUUGCUGCUGCUUGCUGGUUGGAAUACAAAUCUGAACCCGUCACUGAUUGCCUAAAGUAUUUGCAAUGCACCCAGAUUAACAUACUGGAGAUAUUAUAUUACAACACUAUCAAGUUUAUGCAUCUUCUUGCAAAUUACAAUGGACCCCACAUCAUGACUGCAUCCUUCAAUCAACCAUGAACAAACAAAGUCAAGGGAUUACACUGAAACCUUGGGAGGAGGUGGGCAGUUUUGAACUUUGGGAUAACUUUAUGGUUUUGUCUAUUUUACCAGUCUCUUGUUAAUGUGGUUUGCUAAGCUGAAUAAAUAUGGUCAUUUGGGCCUUACUUCA